GUUUUUUCGAAGAGAUUUUUUUCUUUAUAUUGGCUUUGUUGCUGUAUUGUGUUAUCACAAGAAUAUAAAUUUAUUGUGUCUAUACAACCAGUUACAACUAAAGGAUUUUCUUAGACAAUAUGGCGGACGAUAUUGAUAUAGAGGAACAUGACCCUAUGGAUAAUCCUCGCAUCGCAGACAUGUUCCUAGCCAACAUCAAGUCUGAACCUGUAGACUAUGAAGAUAACUACAGCGAAUACAGCGGAGUCAAUUACGAAGAAAACGUCAGCAUCAAGGAGGAGCCCAAAGACUAUGACCCAGAACAUUGCCCUGAAGAAUCACAACAGCAAACUGUGCCUUCACAUUAUGAGAAUAGAGUUCAAAAUAGCUCUGUCAAACGGAAAAACUUAAUAAUACUAGGCAGCAAGCCAUGUCCGCGAAGCAAGAAGUUGAAAACCCUUUUCAUUUCACUGGAAGACUGGGGGGAUAGAUUGAACACCAGCCCGUGUUAUUGCAAAGAGUGCAUGAUUCUAUUCGCAACGAGAAAUGCUUUAGAUGCUCACAAAAUGAGUGUUCAUUCUUUCCUCGUUGCUGUCGAAGAGGUCAAAGAGGAAGAAACUCCUAAACCCCAGCACAGGUUCUGCAACCACUGCCAAACGUAUUUCGAAGACGAGGCCCUCUUAAUACAACAUCUUUACGAUCUCAUACAGGCGAAGCAGGCGAAAAUCAAAGAGAAGCCACAACCACAACCGCAAUUGCAACCAACAAAACCGAUUGUCAGCAGUGAAAUAGUGAAUCCUCCAAUACAAAAAACCAAUAUGUACAAUGUUUGCAGAGUGUGCACGUGUUAUUUCAAAAAAAAGUUAGCAUACGAAAAGCAUUGUGUUCUGAAACAUGGCGCGGGCGUAGCUUUUGAUAGGGUAUGUGUUCCCGAUAAUGGGUAUGUGAAAUGUAAAUUUUGCGGGGCCCCCGCCAAAACCCUCCUCUUGCACAACAGACACAUCAGAAUUUGCCAUAACAGUAUAUAUGUUAGGAAAGCUGCCAACGGUGUGCAGAAAGUGAAAAACACGAUCCCAACGAAAAAGUUGAUAGCCAGCAAAGCGAAAAACGUUUACACUAAAAACGUCUCGAGUAACAUGCAUUUGGGGAAAUUGUACCAACGCAAUCUCGAGAAAACUGCUAAAUCAGCGAAGAGUAACUCUUUAGCUGUGAAUACAAAUGAAAUUAAUAACGAUUAUAGGCUCUCGUUCAAAAGAGGCGUGCCCAAAAAUAUUCUUUUCAAAUGCGACAAGUGUCCGAAGUACUUCUUGAAUUGCUUGGUCGCCCUCACGCACGCGUACCGCCCGAAUUACGCGCAUACUACACAGACUAAUGUGUGGAAAUGUCCGGAUUGCCAUCGGCUCUUUAGGCAGAUAGAUAGUGAACUACAUCAGCUACAACACAGGCACACGCGCGAAUUCAAAGUGUAUGAUGUACACCCGAACAUAUAUUCCCGCGUUCUCUGCCGUUGUGCCAAAUGCAACAUCUACUUUGAGGAGCGUCUGUACAUCAAACAUACAAAGCUAGGUUGCGCUGACACUUCGUUCGUAGAUCACUGCUCCAUCUGCGAUCUGACCGUAAACAAUAGCAUCAUUCACAAACAGAAACACACGACGAGGCAAUUCAUCAAGUCGGACUUUAUUCUCAUCGAAGAUUUCGUGCAACACGGCCAAACGCAAACGUCUAAUGCGAGCGGCGCGAAAAUAGCAAAGAUUCCACAGCUCCCGAACAAGAAAAUAGCGAAGCCCAAUUUGAAAAGGCCGAACACGGAAUUCCCAGAACCGAUUCCGAAAAAGAAGCCGCUAAUAUCCACAGCGGUCGCUAUCAAAACACAGAAAGCUAAAAAGAACGAAAUACCAAUGUAUUACUGUAAACUGUGUCAGACAUAUGCUAAAAAACCGUAUAAGAGAUCGCACCACCUUGAGAAGAAAUGCCAAGAGAGCAUUAGAAGGGUUUUGUCUCCGUGUCCAAUCUGCGGCCUUACGUUCUGCAGUAACAUGCAGUUGAAAAGUCACACAACAUUUAUGCACACGAAACAUAACGUUCAUUUUAAAGACUACAAAUUCGUGUGUAUUCGAAGCUUGAAACCGUGCAUGCCACCAUUGCCGAAAUUUCGGAAGUGCACCCGAUGCGCUGUCCAAUAUCUGGAUGUCCAUUCCAAGUGUAAUCUUACUGCCCUGAAAACUUGCAAAAUGUGUAAGAGAUCUUUCACUGAAUCAGCAUUUCGGCUGCAUAUGCUCCACCAUAAGUACAUGACGCAAACACAAGCGCCCCACAAGAACAUGACACAUGCCCAAGCGCCGGGUAAAAGUAUAGAGAAUACACUCAAAAUGAAAUACAGAAUGCUGAAACCCACAUGGAAUAUCCUGUACAACUGCAAAGCGUGCGAUGUGACCACGGAUUCGUACGACAAUGUGGUGGGGCACUGUCAAAAGCAUUACAACCAUAUGGAGAGUUACGGCGUCACGAUAAUGAACUGCGAAGUGUGCAACCUCAAUUUUGAGAACAAAUGCUACAAGAGACACGUGGAGCUACACGAAAACGAAACAAUAGAUAGGGAUUCCUUCACAAUCCUGACAUAUGAUUACUUCGAACUAUUGAGGAAUAAUUGGUUUAAAAUCUUCACGUCGAUACCAGGGGAACAGGUCACCCAGAUUUUGCGACGCAGCAUUUACGUCACGCGAAUAGUGAAAAUGACAAUGCUACAAAACGGGCCCCCAGAAUAUACCGUGUACAAGUGUCAGACGUGCAACAAAAUCGUUGCCAACGACGACAUUUGCGUUCACGUCGAAUCGAACGAUUGCGACGCUGAGCAAACUCACAAAUGUUCCGAUUGCGGUCUCGAUUUUGCCACUGAGAGGGCGCGAGUGAGUCAUUCGGCUAUUCACAGGAAACAAGCUGUCAACGCGAGUUCGUUCAGAAUCGUAGCGUUCAACCAUCCCGGCGAGGCAGAGUUCAAUGCAAAACUAAGAUCUGAGUACGCAGUUAACUCUUCCAAUGAUACUAAAACAACUGUAGUAAACAGAACAGCUAAAGCUGUCCCAAAAAGUAAAGCUGUCCUCAAAACUACAGCUACAGCUGUCCCAAGUAAUGAUAAAGUGAAGAUAUUGAAGUACAAAUAUUAUCAGUGUCAGAAAUGCUAUUGUUGUUCGACCAAACGUCCUGCAAUAUAUAAUCAUGCGUGUGUUCGGGAAGAGAACAUGCGUUUAUGUCAUCAGUGUAAUUACGUUUUCCAUAUUAUGGGGCAACCAUUGCACCUCAAGAAACACUUAUCAACACCGAUGACCCGCGAUAACAUAGUCAUUGAGCCAAUUAACUUCCCCACUAAACCAGAUGAGUGGAGGGUCAAAUUGUCCGAAUGCAAGAAGUGUCAAGUGAAAUUCCCAAGUCAUUUGAUAGAAAGCCAUAACUGUAUCAAGAGCGGCGCGAUUCCGGCAAUGAAGCUUUAUAGGUGUUCAGGUUGUAAAAUGUUGUUCUCGGAUAAGGAGAAUCUUGCUAAACACGAGGAAGAAUGCGAUCUUCACGAAGAUAAACAAUGCCGUUGUGGUCUUAAUCAUAAAGAGCACAUUUAUAAAUGUAACCAUUGCGAUGUGUUUAUGAUGUCCAAAGCUGCUGCGGAGUCUCAUAACCGCCGUGACCACGUAGAGCUUCCUACGGAACCUUGCUCAAAAUGCGGAUGGAAUUUUGCAAGUCGAGCCCUUAGGAAACAUAUUUCUACACAUCAUUUGCAAUUAAAGUUGUCACCCAAAGAUUUCUGUAUCAUACCAAUUGAAAAUGAGAAUGAACAGAGCGCCGGCAGGUGCAGUGCUAAUAAGCAGCAACGAGAAAUUAAAGCCGAAAUGCUUAAACAGAAACUGGAAAAUUGUGAUGAUGGUGAUGUUCAAGACGCUAUAGACAAAGUAGAUGAUAAAGAUGAUGAUAAAGAUACAAACGUAGAAACUGCCAGUGCAAACGAAUUCAGGAAAUUGUACUCAUUUUCUGAAUUUCACAGAAAAUAUAAAAAUUACAAAAAUGCUUUGUACCGUUGUGCCAAGUGUGAUGUUUGCUACUUGAACACUAAAUGCUGGUUUUACCAUGAGCAUCUGACUCCCAAGAACGCUCUUAAUGUCCGCGAAUGCACCACAUGUAACGCUAGAUUUACUAGAGUGACUAUGAAAAAGCACCUGUUUAACCACGAGGCUGAUCCCAGCGUAGUUUAUAGAGUGGUUACACCCGAAGAAACGCCAACAAGAUUACUCGGUCCUCCUCUAAACUCUGUCAGCAUUAAAGCCAGUGUUAAAGACGAAGAAGUGGCGACUACUUCGAAAGUCAAAGAAAGCGUUGUGUCACAAAGCGUCCCCGAAAUAAAUCAGGCCUCGCCGGAGCCUGACCAAACGACGAAACAGCCUGAAAGUAUUAAACAAGCACCUAAACUCGAUCAAACUUCAUUGCCAGAACGAAAUACAUCAACGCCACCGAAAAAGUAUACGCACAAGGUUUACAAAUGCGGCGAAUGCAACGUUUACUUCAUGGCUCAACAAACUUGCUAUACCCACAUGCUACACCACACUCCGAUUGAUUCCAAGGAGUUCAUAGAAUGCAAAUUGUGCGGUUUACCCUUCAAAAUCAUGGCACUCAACCCUCAUAUGAAGAAGCAUCAUAAAGAAGAUUUUAAUCUCGACGAAGUCCUCGUCGAGGAAUACACCAAAGAUAGCGUGAACAGAACACCUAAAAUCGAAAUUUACUACGCUAUAGAUAAAGUUCAAUCUAGGUUGGUUAGCACCACUUCGGAUGAGGCUAAUUGCGAUGCUGACUCGGCGAGCAAUAAUCAACCUAGUUCCAGCACUAAUACAGUUGAAGAUGCAGUGGAUACAGUUCAGAAUGAAGCUUCUGAUGAGGUGAUGGAGGCGCAAUCUUCGUUUACAGAGGAUGAGAAAAUUAAUAACGAAUUUCCGAAUGUGGAAGAGGACAGGAGCUUAGACGAUAGCAUACGACCUGAAGAUAAUAUUGCUAGAGAAAAACACAAGUGCAGGUUUUGUGAUGAAGUAUUUAAAACUAACACUUCUAAGGAGUUCCACGAGAGCCUGGAUCAUUUGGACGCGGAGAAGAGCUGUGAAAUUUGCAAGUCCUCAUUCAACGCUUCCAUUCUCGAUGCGUUACAUUUGAAUAUCAAAGACGAUACAUUUCAAUGUUGUUUGUGUAAAGAGAGAUUUGAAGUUCAACAAAUGACUACACAUUCUAAAAUGCAUGUGUAGUGACAAAUAAAGUAAUUCAGUGUACAGUUUUUGUUGCUUUUUAUGUGAAAACGGAAAAAUAAAUAAUUAGCUUGGUUCUAUCUGAAACUAGAUGGUAGAGAACCCCAAGCGAGGAUUUCAGGAUUUACUCGAGCGCGGCAGAUUAACACAAAGCAUCCCUUCUCAAUGUCUGACACGGUUGAUAGUUGCUUUUCCUGUAUUCUACCCAUUCGUACGGCCACCCCCGUGCCGUGUAAACCGCCACAGAUAUUUUUUUUCUGUUACAAACGUUACACGAACCCUUUAACAGCUCCUAUUCAAAAGACUGAUGAUUUGGACGCGACCAAACGUCAUGGCUGUUUGUUGAAAAAAUUUUUGCUGCCUUCGACGCUUCACCCUAAGUAGAGGGCUUAGGUAUGGUGGGAAUAUUGUUAAAUAUUCCCACCAGGGUGCGCAAGGUGGCCCCACGUAUACAGGGUGUUACAAAAAUACA